GGAGAUCUCCUCCUUCGCUCUUCAACAAACACUGACAAUCUCAAAUCGAGAUCGAAACCGAUAAAAUCUCCAAGAGAAUCGAAGGAAACGAAAAGCAAGCAGGAAACUAAGCAGAGCCAUGUCCCUCACCAUCGACUUCGACGACCUGACCCACAAAUUCGAAACCUGCGGCGCCAACAUCGACCCCUUCUUCUUCACCCUCCUGACCAUCGCAACCUACACGCUACCCAUCUACAUCUACGGCCUUGGACAAGGGCUUUUCAUCGACGUGUGUCUCACGCCGUUCAUCUUCCCGCUCGGCCUUCUCCUUGAUACGGUGA